UCCUCGUGUAGCGUUUAGCCGUAUUGUGUUGAGCAGUUGUGUUUGCAACUAAAUUCAGUUUCUUAUUUUACAUAAAUCUCGAUGUUUUGUGUAAUGUAUUCAAUAAAAGUAUAUAUUGAUAGACAUUAUUAAUAUGUUAUAGUGUGUCGCAUAAUGCGCAACAUCAAAUUAAACUGACUUUCUAUAACGAAUUCUCAGAACUUGGGAUUUUUCAACAGUUUUUUACUGAUAAUGUGGUCGUCAGCGCUGUUGUUGCUGACUGUGGCCACUUACACCGCGGCAACGGAGUACUGUUCAGUGGACACACUUGGCACCAAUUCGUCAUGGAUGCAGUUCACCAAGGAGCCGGUACCGCUAGAGUACGGCUUCGAAGACAAGUUUAAGAGCAUCCACUGUUGCGUCAAAGGCUACAGAAGCAUACAAUGGUUUAAAGACGGCGUGGCGUACCCCUGGUCAGCGGGCGUGUCUAGCUUCAUCCUGUACCCGGAGGCGGCAAACCAGACGCUGUACAGCCAGCGUGCCGCCCGCGCCGACUCUGGCAACUACACCUGCCGGACGACCAACGAGACGAACAGCGAGACGCACACACUCCGCCUCGACAUACUAGAAAAACCCUCGGAUGUGCCGAAAAUAAUGUUCAUAUCGAAAGACCAGUGGGUUGAAGAGGGGAUGGAAUUGCGGCUUUACUGCGAAGCUCUCAUAGGCAGAUCAUACUUAGCGGACGCGCGGAGCGACUUGCGGUGGAUGAAAGUUUGGCCGAACGGAACGGAGGGGGAUUUACUGUCCCAUACGGAAAGCAAAACGAGGAGAGACGACGUGGAGGACAUCAUAGGGUCGUACCUCAACUUCGGCAGAGUGAGCGUGAGCGACUACGGCACGUAUACGUGCGUCAUACACAGCAACGAUGUGGUCACUAAGAACCAUGUCACCGUGCACUAUAAGUAUGGUGGGAUGUCAGUACUAACAUGGUCUGGGGAAAGCGGAGUGCCCUGGCGGUCGUUAUUACUGGGCGGGAUAGCGGGCGCGUUACUACUGGCCUCUCUACUGGUGCUGCAUAAACGGUGCAUGCCGUGCUUACUGCUGACUCUGAGGCAAGCGAGAGCUAGGACGGCCACUCCUGCCCAUCGCGCUAGAGUACUAGAAAAAGAAUUCGACGUUUUGGUUUGUUGGACGGGAGUGGACGCGGAGUUGGUGCGAGGUGCGCUGUUGCCAACCCUCACGCUCAAAUACAAGUACAGAGUGCACGCUGCCCAGCUAUCCACUCAACCUGACCACUGGUACACGGAGAUAAUGUCGGAAAUAUCUCGGUGUCGCUCCGUUCUGGUAGUCGUGUCGCCCGCACAAUACUCGCCCCAGCGUCUGCUGACUGCGUUCAGACAACUGGCCGCGUUGCCUCAUCCACCAGUCGUCGUAUUACUGCAGGAUUUGCCUAACUUAAAACGCGAGGCCAAGGAGGUGGGCGAGCGCGCAUGCUCUCUGUUACGGCGCUCCAGACUGGUGGCGUGGAGGCACGUGCACGAGCGCGCCUUCUGGACCCAACUGCGGCUGGAGCUGCCGCUGCCCCCGACCCCGCGCCCGCCUCCCGUAGCGGUGAAAGCGGACUCAGAGGCCAGUAAGAAUUCUCGCUCCAGCAGCUUAACGGCGCUAGUGUAAGCAUUGUACAGACGGGCAGCUCGCGUCCUGUAUAAAGUAGUGAUAGCUCAGUGUCUGACACUAACCGAGCGUCGACUGCCAACCCAACAAGACUGUGAAUAGAUAAGUUCUGUUAAAGUAAAUGAAUAAACAUUAUAUCACAUUACAAUUAUUAUACUGUAGUUAGGGCAUAGAAGAUACAAAACUGAAAGAUUCUAUAGUAAAUUCCUCGUGUUUAAAAUAGAAAAAUGAAUAAAGUUAAACUACCUGAAGAAGAAGAAGGAAGAACAGUUUUCCAAAGAUCUCAGAAUCUUUGAAAGGUUACGAUUAUCUCUUAAAUGUGUAAACACCGUUUCUCUUUCUCGUGCCAAAGGGAAAUUACGAAUUAUUAUAUGUAAUUAUUAUCAUGACAAUGUAUUUGUAGUAGGAUUAUAACUUUCUUGUACUCUUGUGCUAUUUAUUUAAUUUAUCUUUUGGAGUUCACGCUUUUGAGCGACUUUGAAAAUUGUGAACGGAGAAUUUGGAAUAUGUACAGUUGAAGAUGGCGGUGUGCCAUUUUUUGUUUUAUAUCCUAUAUCUCACUAGAGAUUAGUUUACCAGAGUUUAGUUGUCUAGAUAAAUACAGAGAAAGUGACCACAUUUUUGGUUUAAUCAAUUAAUUAUAAUGUGUAAACUUUUUGCCCCAACUCGAAAAUACUUGCUUAGCAACAAAACUUUGAUAAGCCUAUGUCAUACAAGGGAUUUGACUAUAUGUCGUUAGUUUAAAACAUUUGUAUCCAUUAAUUAACAAGAGAUUUUCGCCUUAAAAUUGGGCACCGCCAACUAACUGUAGAAAAAGUCACGGAUAUUCAUAACUAAAUUUAAAUUUAAUUCUUAUAUUAUUAUUUUAAGCGCUAAUUAGUCGCGCUUUAAUGGUCUCGAGUCCUUAUUAAUUUAUAUUGCUUGUUAAGAGCGGAUUGGUCAACGUCCAGGGUUCUGUGAUAUGGUUUUGGUGGAAUGUGAAUGGAUUGAUUUUGCGAAGCGUUUUUUUAUUGUUCUUUUAGUACGAUUUAUUUUUUUUCGGCGCAUGCUACUCAUUUAAUAAGAUACCCUUGAACAAACAUAUAGAAGGUCUAAAUGUAUCAAAAUAAUUAAAUUCAUCCCAAUCGGUGUUAUUUUUUUUAAUAACGUUUAAUAUGCAAUAUGAUUUCCCA